UGGUCAUCCCUCUUACAGCUGCUGCCAUCAGAUGGUGGAGAAAACUCAUCCUCCACGUCUGGAGUGGAUGGGACAGCCCAGGGGGUCUGUGGGUGAUCUGGGGAUUGUCCCUUGAGCAGAGAGAGCCUUCCUGCAGUCAGAGGAUGCUGAUUGCAUCCUAAGAGCUGGAAAUGUGGGUGUGAAUUGGUGGUUGCUUAUUGAUGAAAUGGUUUUUCUGUGUUUGCAGAGGAACCUGUUGGAGGAAGACUCGGAUGAAGAGGAAGACUUUUUCUUGAGGGGACCUUCUGGAGCCAGGUUUGGACCCAGGAAUGACAAGAUCAGGCAUGUGCAGAACCAGGUGGAUGAAGUCAUCGAUGUUAUGCAGGAGAACAUCACCAAGGUGAUCGAAAGGGGCGAGCGGCUGGACGACCUGCAGGAUAAAUCAGACAGUUUGUCAGACAAUGCUGCAGCUUUCAGCAAAAGAGCCAAGCAUCUCCGGAGGCAGAUGUGGUGGCGAGACUGUAAGAUGAAGGCGAUCAUUGCAAUGGUGGUGGUCAUUCUGCUGCUGGUGAUCAUCGUGCCCAUAGUCCUGAAGUACCGCUCCUGACAGGGCAGCUGGAGGCUGGUGGAGCUGCCUCUGGGAUAACCAACCUGCUGUGUAAUUUCAGUGAGAGAUCUGUAUAUAGCCUGGAAGUUGUUAUUUCUCCUGGGAGCAGGAGGUGGUGGCAAGCAGCCAGCUCUAAGGGAGUGUUUGAAGAACUACCAAACAACCCUUUACCUGUCCUGCUGUCAGACUCUUUUUAUAACACAAGAUUCAGAUCCCAAACCAUCUGUUUUGUGGAAUUCUGGGUCUCUGGUUUGGAGCUGGCUACUUGUCCCUGUGGUCUAUCUGUAUAUAUGGUUGAGUUGUAAUAUUAAUAAUAAUAAUAAUAAUAAUAAUAAUAAUAAUAAUAAUAAUAUGGUUUGAGCAGCUCCCUGCUGCCUGCUGUGGAAGGCAGAGGGGACUCUGAAUCAGAGAAAAGGAGGGGAUAAAUGUCUGAAGGGAAAUGCACCAUUAUAGGGAACUGAUUCUUUUGAGGACAGCUGCAAGGGUGUUGUUUUUCUCUUGUUAAAAAAAAAAAAAGAGAAGAGAAAAAGUGAAAUUAGGUUUUACAAUCCAGAAGACUUUCUGGUCCUUUCAUGGGAAUGCACAAGCUCAGUGUUUUCAGUAUUGCUGCUUCCAGCUGUGACUAAAGACAUUCCAGUAAACCUAUUUUUGACUGUA